UUCAUCCCCUUCUCCCUUCGAGCAAGCGCUUUGCAAAAGCCAUCUUUUGUUACUUCCCCCUUACCAAUAUGACAGCGCAGAAGGAUUCCGGCAAGAAAUAUCAUUUGCAAUGCACUGGAGUAGCUCUCGAGACGGCCAAUAAGCAUAUCGCGGAACAAGACAUCACCCUUUUUGGCAGCUGUUUCUGUCCUUUCGUGCAAAGAGUCUGGGUUGCUUUUGAAUACCUUGGGAUACCCUACAAAGUGCACGAAGUUGAUCCAUAUGCUAAGCCAAAGGAGCUACUGGAAGUCUCACCAAAAGGUCUUGUACCUGGAGUCAAGCUCCAUAAGUAUGAGCCUCCUCGUGCCCUCAACGAGAGUACGGUCAUCAUGGAAUAUGUUGUAAAACUUGCACAACACAAUAACAUAUCAACUUCUCUCUUUCCCUCCGAUCCUUAUGCCAACGCCAUUGUCCGCCUUCAAGCCGAUCAUAUCAAUCGCACCCUCAUCCCGGCAUUCUACCGUUACCUCCAAGCACAGGACACCGCAGCUCAAAUCGAAGGAGGGAAAGAUCUCCUUUCUGCCAUCGAACAGCUCGUCUCGCUGUUUGAGCGAGCUGAGAAAGAGUGUGGCGACGCACUCGAAGGUAACCCAGUUGGUUUGUGGCAAGAGACAGGGACACUAAGCUGGAGCGAUAUUAUGGCGGCACCUUGGCUAUUCCGUGCAUCGAACGUCCUCGAACACUACCGCGGCUUUUCCCUUCCCAAGGGCCCGAAGUUCGAUGCCUAUAUAGGACGCCUGUUCGAACACCCAGCUUUCAAGUGCACGUGUAGUACGGAAGAACUUUACCUGGACAGUUACGAACGGUACGCUUAUAAUCGUCCGAACACCAGCCAAGUGGCGAACGCGAUAAACUCUGGCCGUGGACUUCCUUGAGACUUCAACUGUACCGAGACGGGGUGACUUGAGGCAGCUUAUCCUAUAUCGAUCACUUGAAGGGAUGUGUAUCUCCAUCUGGUACGACUGUACCAAGUUUCUACUCCGUCGUGAUAUAUUUGUAUAACUCACAUCCAUGCUAACGUUCCUGUUCGCUGUCAUGAACGUUCUUGAGCAAGGAUACUGCCCCUUUGACGCACGGCAUUGACAUGGUUGAGUAGCUCCUCGGAGGCAAAUUGAGCCCAAGACGGAAAGUGGUCAUAGGGGUGUUGUAUGACGACGUCGAUGGUUAUAGCUCUAGUAAGGUAUAGUUAUGUGGUGACGAGACAUGACGAAGAUAUGUUUUGUGGGCGAGAGCGCCUUGCGUUUCCAGCCUGCAUGGAAGCCCGCCUCUCAUAUUCCCGAGCCCACUGAUCGGGGGCGCACAUUUGUCGUUACUGACCUUAGAGACUUAUAACCGUUCAAGCUGCCAGUCUGCUCCUUGUGAGCUUUGAUAGUCCUCUUUUCUUGUCUUCGGAUCGCUAAAGGUUCAAGUGUGACCCACUUCGAUGAGAUGUCGCAGGAUAGCUAUUGAUAGACGGAUCCAUGAAUGACUUCGACGGUUCUCAGCUGUUAUACGUCGAAGCUGGGACCGGCGCGACUCCGAAUCUAGGCGCAACCCGAUCCUAUAGACCGCGGCACAAUCGGUGCUACUCAUCCAGGAGGUCGGCGGAGUAAGCGACUGACAUACGCCGAUGGUUGAGGAGAAUAAUUUCCAAGGAAGAAGCUGGAGUGAUUUGGGCCUCUAGAUUUCGUAAAUGGUUCCUACCUCGAGGGGGUCGCCUGCUAUCCAACGUGUUGACCCCAGGCGUCAGAAUGUUUCCUUGGUUUGCGCAAUAGGGGCUGUAUGACCGACAGUGAAAGAUGGGGAUUCGAGAUGAUGCAUAUUGUUCGGAAGUAAUCUGAAACAGACUACGAUAGAUCCAUUCCAUCUAUGCAUCGGGCUGCAGUAAUUACAGUUUAUGCUCCUCUCACGUACUGUACAUAUCAACCUAUUCAACAAACUGGAGAGAAGCAGGCGGGAAAAUGCGUGAAUGUAAAUGCUGCAGACUUAAAUGGAAACGGAAAGCGUGCGUAGGUAUGAAUUGUAAUGGAUGGCGGCGUGUAAACAAGAAUGAACGCGGAUCACGAGAUACUGUCGGGACGGAGAAUGAAGACAAGAACAAUAUAUCAACGGGUGCCGUUACGGCGCAUACGCAGAAAACAGGAGAUGAUGCAGAGCUCUACAACUAUUCACAUUCAUUCAUGUCAUCACGAGGGUAUGAGUGCAGCUACACUAGCCCAAAGUAGAGAGAGAAAGAGAGGAAAAAUAAAUCACUAGCGUCAUCGAGUCCCCAGAGCAUGUUUACGCCCAUGAUCUGGUUCGGCAAACAGUCGUAGGCGACGCUCACAGGCUAAUGCUUCUGGCCCCAUGGUCGAAUCGUUCCCUGAGGAGAGGCUCAACCGCCGCUGGCCAUGGGGAGAGUCAUCAGACGCAGAGUUGGCCUCGUGUGGCGCAGUCUGCGCGGAAGACGAGCUACUUGUGUUUGCGCGUGACCGCUGUUUCUCUUUACGAAGUCUCCGAGCGACGGCGAAAAGCUCGACGAGACUAAGGUCGAUUUCGCGAGGAUAAUAUGGGACAUUUGGGACAGGGUACGAGGCGGCGCUGGAGCAGGUCGAAGGCGUAGACACGACAGAAUCGCAUUCGCUCGGUGUAGCGAGCCAGUUAUAAGCGCUCGAGGUGGACGGGGAUGAGUGAGCGGAGGGCUGUCGCUCGGAGAAGUAGUCAACGGGGGACCGUGAGCUGCUCUCUGCCGGCGUGCAGUUCGUCGACGCUGAGAAGCGUGAUGUGGAGGGGAGCGGCACAAAGCCACUAUAUCCAUGGGGGAACGGGAGAGUGCUCUUAACGUCGACCGCACCUUGAGCAUGGGCAUUUCGGAGUCCACGACUGAGCUCUGAUUGUCGGUGUGUGGACGAGGAAGCGUAUCGAGACGAGGUGAAAACGAAUGACUGGGAUGCGGUCGAACUCGAAGGAGCGGAAGUCGAGAGAGACAGUUCCGGUGCAGCUUGUGAUCCGAGAACGAUGUCUUGCGUCUUAUCCAUGUCAUGAACGCGAGCGCCACUAGGUGAGCUGGAAUGCAGGACGAGGGAACGAUGCGUCUGCCCGGGCCUGCCUGGA